AGACUAACAGAUAUAGACAUACACAUUCUGGGCAAUCAGAACAGGGGAAAGGCUUGAAGCGACACUCAUACACUGUUUGGGAAAUUCGACGGAAUCCUUCCAAUACUGAUACAGGUAUUCCUAUCUCAAGUGACCACAAACAAAUAGAAACAGAGGGGGGAAAACUAAACCUUUGGUGUCUCUUCAAAAUGUGCAUCUGGAUGGUUGGAGUUCUUUGUGUCCUGAUGUGUUUGGGAAAUCAUCAGGCUCAAGAAGCCAACCCAGCUAUCUCCAUGCCGGACAGAAUCAGGGUGGCUCUGGCAGGAGAAACGGUCCUUUACAAACCCAAAGUGACCAUCCCAAUGAAUCAGAGCUCCAGCAACUUAGUCUGCUCUGGGCCUCCAGAACAAAAGAAGAUACAAGAAUGGGGUAUUCUUUUUGUCCUGAAACAAAAACAAGAACAUUUAAUUUGGAAAUAACAGCAUAUAACAGUUCAUACUCAGGAGAGUAUAACUGUAAGUAUAAAAAUGUGGAGAUCUUCUGGACCCUUCUGGUGAAAGACGAGGGGUACCGGCAGUCUUACUCUGGUUUCAGCCUUUUCAUCGUGUUGGGGGCUCUUACCACAGCCCUGCUCAUCUUCAGUGUGAUCGGCUCCAUUUACGUGUUCAAAAGCAAAUGGAAUGGAAGUACCGGUAGUGGAGUAAGUGGAAGGAAUAGAGGGGAGAAUGAAGAGGAGGAGGAGAACGGUAAAACAUCAGUGAAUGCAGCUGCCUCUGCUCCAGUUUACGCUAGUCUAGAGUCUCGGCCAGCAUCUGUCUAUGAGGUCUUGACCCCAGGAGCACCAGCAGCAGCAGUAAACCGUGAAUCUGUCCAGAGGAAAGGAAAAGUAAAGAGAAAGUCAAAGGAAUCGAUGGAGAAUGCAACGCCGCAAGGGGAAGGAAUAUUUGAAUGCGUCUAUGAGAAUUUCUGACCUACUGGCAUUUGCACUGUGUUUGGGAAACUAUAUGGCUCUAUUUUCCUGCUUUUGCAAUCUCUCUUGUUCUUUUACACAGACCUAAAAUCACGUAUGUAUUUUACCCUGCAGCUUCGUGACUUCUGUUGAAAAUAAACUGCUGUGUCUCUGGUUGUUGUCAUCACGGAAUGUCUCUGGUUGUUAUUUUGUCUAAUUAACAGAUAUUUGCAAUAUGUCAGAUUCAUUUCAGCGAGAGAUUUUGCAAACUGAACCCUUGUUCUCCAAAGUCCCACCAUAAUAAGAUUGUAUCCAAUGAGACUAUUAGGCUAUUUUGAGUAAGAACCAAUCGAAACGCGUCUCCCAUCUCUACUUCCGGGUUUGGUUUAUUUACGUUUUUCAUCUAUUGUUGACCAUGGCAGCGGAGGGGGACUUUCUGAUGAGAUAUCGUGCUGUAUCAAAUAAAUUGAAAAAACGUUUUCUUCGGAAACCCAAUGUAGCAGAAGCAAGUGAGCAGUUUGGCCAGUUGGCUAAAGAGCUGAAGCAGCAAGACUGCCUUCAGUAUGCAGCCUUCUGUGACCUUGCAAUGGCAAGGUGUGAGCAGACUCUUUUCAAUGCUCCUGGGGAGGCCCUGGCCCUGACCGAUGCUGCCCGGCUCUUCCUGCUCUCUGAGAAGGAGAACAGAGCACUACAAGCCCCAGGCUUCGACGAGCACCUGCAGGCCGCACUCAACUGCUACAGCUUCGCCAUCAAGGUGUACAUUGAGAUGAACCAGCCUGUCAUGGCCGCCAGUCUAUCUCUGGAACUUGGCAAUGCCCUCAAGGAGAUGAACAGACCAGGUGAGGCCAUAGUUCACUACCAGAGAGCAGCAGAACUCCAGACACAGCAGCCCAUUGAGUCUCUGCUGUCUAUGGGAGAGAUGGCCACCUGCAAAAUACUCACCCGUGACUAUGACGGCGCGCUGUCCGUGCUGACAGAGAUGCAGCUGAUGUGUCAGGAGAGGGGACUGCAACUGCCCGGCACCAGCACCCCCGUUGGUGCAUUUCUGGACAUUGUGGCCAAGUGUGAGAUUUCUAGAGUACUUUUGCUGAUGCUGCUUGAGCCUCCUCCCCAGAAGUUGUUGCCAGAGCAUGCCCAGACCCUGGAGAGAUACGCCUGGGAGUCGUUUGACCCUCAUAGUCAGGUGACCUUCCUACCUGAGAAUGUCUUCCUGCUUCUGCAGUCAGUUGUGAUGGCCUGCCAGGAAAAAGACACAGAGUCCCUCAAGUCUCUUCAACCUGAACUCUGGCCUCUUCUCUCAGCAGAGCAGAACCACCUCCUUCACCUGGUGGUGCAAGAGCGGAUCACCCCCUCUGGACAGGGGAUUUAGUACAGUCCAGAUCAACUCACUGCACCCCCUCGGAAUGACACAUAAUGGAACAUUCCUGUCUCUGUCUUGGUCUGUUGUAGGGCCUCUUGAAUAAUGUUUUGGUGUGGUUGUCUUUUCUAAAAAAAAACGUGGGAACCGGACCAAGCAUGUCGUUGGACAUACUGUACAUCUUACUGCAUCCCCUGUUAUGCCUAUUAGUGGUCGCAGGAUUGCUCUCGUGGUGAAGUCUUGCAUCAUAUAGUUAUUUAUUGGAAAUAUGUUGAAUAGAUGAAAUAUGAAUGAAAAAUAUGCUUUUUUUCUAGCGUUUUUAUUUUGUUAAUAAAUUGUAUAGUCUGAACAAACAUGGCUUAAAUUCCAAUGUAAUUACAAAACAGAAUCCCUCUACUGCAUUAUAAUAAAUGGUGAUAUUACAUACACCGCAUUGA